CUCAGGGGCGGGCGGGAAGCGGCGCCGCGCCGGGCCCAGCCGUUCCGCGCUCGGCCGCGCUGUACCGUGCGGCUGCGCUCGGCGCGUCCUUCCGGGCGGGAGCACCGCCCCGGGCGGGCCGUGGCUCGCAGCCGCUGGCGGGGCAGGCGAGGGGCGAUGUCGGAGCCGGUGCGCAGCACGUCGGGGUCGCUGCCCCUCAGCCGCCUGGCCGAGCCGCUUCUCCGCAGGCUCAGCGAGCUGCUGGACCGGGCAGCGCCCGGCAAGGGCUGGCGGGACCUGGCGCAGCGAGCGGGGAGCCGCGGCAGGGUCCGGCUGAGCCCUCUGGAUUUAGAGCAGUGUUCCCUCAAAGUGCUGGAGCCAGAAGGAAGUCCCAGCUGGAGCCUCCUGAAACUGCUGGGAGAUCGGGGUUGCACUGUGGUGGAGCUUGUGGAGUUCUUGCAGGCCCUGGAGCAUACAGAGGCCCUCCAGUGUCUCAGCCAUUCAGGUAUAAAGAUUGUUGUACAGCCAGACUCUCAAGCCGUGCAUUCUGGUCAGGUCGUCAAGCUGUGCUGUUGGGCAACAGGACACCCAUUCGUGCAUUACCAGUGGUUCAAACAGGAAAAAGAGGUUCCCCAUGGUAAUUCUCCAGAGCUCAUUUUGAAUCCAGUGAAUGUAAAUGAUUCUGGCUUUUACAUCUGUCGAGUGAACAGUGAGUCUUCCUUUGCGUUCAGUCGGUGGGCACGACUUGAAGUUUGUGAUCUCCAGGGUACAUCUCAUGGGAGCUUAAUUAGUUUGCCUGAAAAAAAGUUGCGUAUUUGUAUUCAGCCUCAGUCACAAAACCUGACCGUGGGGGAUGCUUUGGUAUUGGAAUGUGGAGCUGUUGGAAACCCAAUUCCUCAUUACCGGUGGUUCAGAAAUGGAUUUCCCUUGGCAAAUGGGAGCAAAAAUGUCUACAUGGUCACUUAUGUGGAUGUGGAACAUCAAGGGACAUAUUGGUGUCAUGUAUUCAAUGACCGGGAAGAUCAAGACAGCAAGAAGAUAGAAGUCAUUGUAGGAAAGAAAGCUAUGGCAGUGGAGUGCACAGAAGAAGACCUAAGUGAUCUUCAAAAAUCAGCAGACCUACAAGAACAAUCAAAUCACAGACCUGUUGCAACAGACAAGGUAGCUCUCUUAAUAGGAAACAUGAGCUACUGGAAUCACCCUCAGCUCAAGGCUCCAAUGGUAGAUGUCUAUGAAUUGACCAAUUUGCUAAGACAGCUGGAUUUCAAAGUUGUUUCUUUGCUGGAUCUUACUGAGUCUGAGAUGCGAAAUGCAGUGGAUGAAUUUUUACUUCUCCUGGACAAAGGAGUGUAUGGUUUGUUGUACUAUGCUGGACAUGGCUACGAAAACUAUGGAAACAGUUUCAUGGUUCCUAUUGAUGCUCCAAAUCCCUACCGAUCUGCAAACUGUCUGUGUGUGCAGAACAUCCUCAAACUAAUGCAGGAAAAAGAGACGGGACUUAACGUAUUCCUACUGGAUAUGUGUCGGAAAAGAAAUGAAUAUGAUGACACAAUUCUUAUUUUAGAUGCCCUGAAGGUUACGGCCAACAUUGUUUUUGGAUAUGCAACGUGCCAAGGAGCAGAAGCUUUUGAAAUUCAGCAGUCAGGGUUGGCCAAUGGAAUCUUCAUGAAGUUCUUGAAGGACCGUUUGUUAGAAGACAAGAAGAUUACUGUACUGCUUGAUGAGGUUGCAGAAGAUAUGGGCAAGUGUCACCUUACCAAAGGCAAGCAAGCUUUGGAGAUCCGCAGCAGUUUGUCUGAGAAGAGGGCGUUAACUGAUCCCAUACAACAAACUGUAUCUUCUGCAGAGUCUCUGGCACGGAACCUACAGUGGGCCAAAGCUCAUGAACUUCCAGAAAGUAUGUAUCUUGAAUUCAAAUGUGGUGUUCAGAUUCAGUUGGGGUUUGCAGCCGAGUUUUCCAAUGUCAUGAUAAUCUACACGCGGAUAGUAAAGAAGCCACCUGAAAUAGUAGUUUGCAGAGCCUACGUUACAGACUUCGCACUCGACCUGGAUGUGGAUCCUAAAGAGGCCAAUAAAGGAACUCCUGAGGAAACCGGAAGCUAUUUAGUAUCAAAGGACCUUCCCAAACACUGCCUCUAUACUAGGCUAAGUUCACUGCAAAAACUAAGGGAACACUUGAUCUUCACUGUUUGCUUGCACUAUGAGUAUCCGGGAAUAGAAGAUACAAUGGAUGAAAGAAAGGAAGUUAAUGUUGGGAAGCCCCUUAUUGCUAAAUUAGGCCUUCAUCAUGGAUUCAGAAAUAAUAAUUGUCUCCAGACCUGUUGCAUGGCUAAUAAUCAUUUUCAUAAUCAAAUAGAGUCAAGUCCAGCAGCAACUAAAUACUACGUCCCUGGUCAUUGCCAACCAAGUUCCUGUCCAGGCAUUUAUCAUCCAAACCGUAUUUGCUCAGACAGCAUCAGACAACCAGAGGCAUGUUCUUGCAAUGGGACUUCAAGGAUAUUAGCUUCAAGACAUGAAGUACAGAAUUACCCACCACCUGUGGAAAAAAGUAAUGUACCAGUAGAGACCACUGAUGAUACUGUUGAACUGGAAUUCCUUCUCUCUGACAACCUCAGAUUCUCUAAACAGCAGUAGCUGUGUUUUGUUCAGAAUAGACCACUGUAUCGCCCUUGAAUAGGAGACCUCCCACACUGCUUAUCUGUCUCCUGGAGUUUGGGGGCUUCAGGACCAAGGGGAUUGGAAGUCUAGAAGUGCUACUGGAAAUAAGGUCAUGAAAAAAUUUCAGAACCAAAGCGACGAAACUGGACUGAUAGAUUCAGGAAUGAAAAAGGCAUGGUUUUUAUUUUUUUCUCCUACCAUUUGACCUUUGAUACAGGGGAAAACCUGAACUCCUCAGUUUCCUAUUCCAUUCUCUGGCAGUCAAGCAGCUAACAGAGCAGUCUUGCAUUUCUGGGAGGAAGAUGCCUAUCUCUGUUAGGGGAUGAAAGCCUGGCUGUGGUGACAAAGCUUCUCUUGAGAUAGUGAAGCCCUGGAUCUUCCCAGCUGCUUCUGCAGCACCAACUGGAGUUAUAAAAUUUACUCUAAAAUUAUGUUUCCUAAAUCUUCUGUUUUCAGAGAGGAAUUGCUCAUCCUAUACAAAAACAAGAAAAACAUGAAUCACUGUCAGAGGAAAAAGUGUUCAGAAAAUUAAGCGGAAAAUGAAUUUCCAUAUCCUCUAUGAUUUAACAUGAUUUUAAAAAAUCCAUUGGCCCCACAAUUAUAAUUAUACCUUUCUCUUCCAUUUUUCAGUUCCCAUUGUUCAAUAUCCAGGGAUUUCUUUUUACAUACUGCAUUAAAAUAAGGUUUGUGUUCAUAUAUGUUGUAAGUUUCCUGUUGAGUAUAUAAGAUGACACAUAACAUAAAUGAACUGAGCCAAGAGGGAGCUUUUACAGAAGUGAAGUUACCAUGUUUUAAUAUUCCAGUGUUACAAAUAUGUCUCCUUCAAGCCUCAGUUUCUUUCCUUCCUUGUAUGUAUGGAUCAGUGACUGACAUUCCAGUUCCUUGGAUGUAGCUAAUGAUAAGCUUUGACUGCUUUCUCCUCUCCCAUGGUCAGAUGUCCAGUGAUGAAUGGGUAAAGAGCAGCGCAAGGAAAACAAAGCCUGAACUGAGCUAGUAAACUAGCAUUACCACUGUUUUUUGUUAGGAGAACUAGAUUGCAAGAUCCCCUGUCGGAGGGAUUAAAGUCACAGAUUCAUACUGUGGUGGAUUGCUCUUAUGAUAAUCUUUCUCUUAAAGACUUAGACUUUUAUUGGUUUGAUUUCUGGAAGGGUGGUCUUUCCAUGUUCUGCAAGAACACUAAAUGGAGAUGUGUGGAAAAAGUGCCUGUUCAUAGCAAGCAAAGUAUCAUAUAGUUAGGCACACAAUAAGACAUGCUGAAGGCUAAAAAUGAACAGGCAAGAUGAGUGAAAACUUCGGGGUUCUUCAGGCUGAAGUACCAGGAUGGUGUUCCUGGACACCAGCCAUUGCUUUUCUGUGGAGAUUUAAACAAACAAACCCUACUCAAUUGUUUUCCAGGCCAAGCUAAUUUAUAUUCAUUCAAAUUAAUGUGCUAACGUUCUAGCCUAAAACUGUGAAAAUCUAAGACAAAGAUUCCAGCACACAAACUUGUAAAAGUGUCCCAAGGUGAGGGACACCUCCUUCAUGUCACAACCUGACACUUUGUAUGUAGCCCUACGUGUGUGCGUUUGCUCCGGAGCUCAGAGGUAGAGUUUAUCCAUAGACUAGGUGCCAGAAGUAAGCUAGUCUCCUAGGUCCUUUAGCCUCCAAACCCCAGAAUCUCACCUUUAGAGGUGAAGGCAUAGGUACCUUCCGAAGACAGUUGAUCCUCUACUGAAAGGCAAAUGAGCUACUUUCAUACGGUGCUUUACUGCUUCAUUGACCUCAGGGAACAGAUAAAUCUAGCUUGGGUUAGCUGCCAAACCUUUUACAUGUUGCAAAAGUGUUUUGAUCUGUGUUUGAGAAAGGGCAGUUUUGCUCACCAAACUGUUUUGCAUAUUCAGGUUGAAUAGUUUGUUCAAAAAAAGACAUUUUUAAAAAAUGUUUGGUUUUGUUCCAAAAUACUGAAGAAUCUGUGACUUGCCUAUUUGUAUCUGGGGAUGAGUGUGAGAACACGGAUGUUUUACUUGGUCUUAGAAAGUCUUAAUGCUUUGAAAGCAUGAGAAUAUCGGGGUGAGAGGUAAUUAAAGUUCAAGGGAAUUCUCAGAUGUGGGUAACAGCCUUUCCUGCCCAGGUGAUACCGAUAAGCAAUUGCUUUAAUUAAGAUCCCUGUUGUGAAAAAAUUUUUUACCUCAGAAAAAUUAUCAUGGCGCUUUUCAUUAAGUAGGUAGCAAAAAAUAAUAUCUCAUUGACGUGGUGGAAAACCAGUUUAAAUCUUCAGUUGAGAUCCACCCUUCUGGUGGGAUUUGGUAGCCUUGCAGUGUGUGGGCUGGACACUGAGGGGGGUGCUGUACAUGGUCAUAACAAGUUUCAGAUGGGAACGUUAACGCAUCAUUAACUACAUAUGUUGAUCUUCAGAUUCAUCUGUGCUGAAAGGUAGAUAUCUGUAUGUGGAUUUUAAUGUAGUUAUUUCCAAAAUUACAGCCAUGCUUGAAGUAAUCUGCAAAUGAGCUUCUUGCAAAUGACUUUCUCCUUUGGAGAGUAUUAAAUAGUGAAAUAUUUAUUGACGAAUGAGAUGUACCUGUGCAUUAACUAUCGAGUAUAAUUGACUUAGAAACCAAAAAUUAUACUUUGAGAAAUGGUCUAGUACUGUAACAUUUAGCUGAUACUUUGUUGCAGGUUUUUAGUUUGUAUAAAAGCUUAUUCUGUUUCUUACCGUGUAAUAAACUGUUGUCUACAAAACAAUA